UCAGUUGUUUACAUUGAUAAACCUGCUUGUGUUUAUCAUUUAUAAUUACUUUAAAUAUGGUUUAAAAAAGAGGUAAUUUGUGAGUGUGUUCAAUAUUUGGAUAAAAGUGUUUAUUAAAUGAUUACAAAUAAGUGUUUUAAGCGAAACAGAACAAUAAAGGCGAUUUAACUUAAACAAGGAAGUAAUUUGCUUCUAAAUACAAUGCAGGGAUACAUGUACUUGAAUGACGAUGUAGUGAUGACUAUGAACCAAUAGAUCGACCCAAAACAAUAACUCAAAUUAACUCUCGCAUAAAAGAACGUUUUGGUUUAACUCAAUAUAUGUUGAACCUUCAUAAUCAUAUGACAUGGCAUCAAAGCAGAUUCAGUGUGAAAUGUGCGGUAAUGAAAAUGCAGUUGGAUAUUGCAAAAGUUGCGGAUACGUUGGUGAAACUUGUGCAGAUAUUCACAAGACAGUAAAUGUUUUUCAAACGCAUACUGUCAUUAUGCACGAGGCUGUUAAAAUGCAUGAGGAUGGUACAGAAAAUCCAAAUGAUAUAUUGCGGGACAUCACAGAAGAAAGAUGUAAGCAGCAUCUGACAGAAAAGGCGAUAUUUCUUUGUAAAAUUCAUGAUUCCACGAUUUGUGGCCGAUGUCUUCAUUCGGAACAUCGUUCUUGCGUAGAAGAAGUCGUUGACUUGUUGCAUGAAGUAGUUAACAUUGACUGCGAGAAAGUCAACACAAUGAAGUCAUUAUUGAUGGAAAUAAAAAAUGAGAUUCUGCUUUUGAAAAAUGAAGCAGAACACAGUAAGGAGAAUUGCAAUAAAAACGCUGAUAAAUGUGUGCAAGAAUGUAUGGGACUUGGAAAUAAAAUUAAACAACGUGUAGAUGAAUUGACAAGUGGCACUAGAAACGGAAUAACGAAGAAACAUAACGAAAACUUGACCACUCAUUCGCAUAUCACUAAAAUGUGUGAUGAGAAAACCAAGUGGUGUCAUGAUGCAGAAAGUAAAAUUGAUAGUUUUGUUGAUAAAAAUAUGGCUGGACACCUGUAUCUAAUGAACAGACAUUUUGAGAAAGAGGUUUCGGACGUCAGAUCCCACCUUAAAGAAUUCAAACACAAACAUACUUUUAAAGAGUUUGGCUUUAAGGAAAACGAUGUUAUACUAGAAUGCCUGUUUCAGGAUUUGGAGGAGGUUUGUGAACAACAAGAAGAAGUUAAUGGGAGCGACGAUGGAAAUGCGAACGAUGUUGUCGCAUCCACCACAAAAAUUAACAAGACUCGGCGGGAGUUCACCUUACUGUUAAGUCAAGUCAAGCAAGAUUUAGAUCAGUCAGAAAAGGCAAGGAAUGCACUUUGUGAUGAGCUGAAACAAGUGAAACAAGACAAAGAUAAUUCAGAAAAGAAAAGACAGAUACUCGAACAAGAAAUACUGAAAGCGAAACAGGGCAUAGAGGAAUUUGAAAAGACAAGGAAGGGGUUUGAACAAGAGUUACUGAAGGCGAAACAGUGUAUAGAGAAAUAUGAAAAGGAAAGAGCAGAAGUCAAGGCACAUGGUUCACAAAUCAAAGACAGAAUUAACUGGACUCAACCAACGGGAACUGUUAAUGUCACGUACGACUUCGUUGGAAUUAAAUUAGUAUUCACAUUUCCGGAUGGCAUUCAGACGGCGCAUCAUCCGUGCCCGGGAAGCUCGUAUAAAGGCCAUACGUUCAAAGGAUACUUGAGGACCGGCACUAAGGGUGAGCUGCUAUGUAGGAUGUUAAAGGCGGCGUUCAGGAAAGGGCUGAUGUUCAACUUGGGAAAGGAAGGAAAGGUUGUCCUGGAUGGCAUUUCAUUGUAUGAAGGAUUAGUGUAUAAUUACCGAUGGUUGAAGUCAUACAAUGUAUACACAGAUACAUUGAAAGCGGAGCUAUCAGCCAAAGGUAUCACAGAGGCGAAUAUAGAUCAGACGGAGGAGCUGUACGAGACAUAGACAGUUGACGGUCGGUAACUUGCAUCAGUGUUAUGUUGUCGAAACACCCACUGCAAAGGAUUAUGGCAUAUAUUAAAAAGGUGCAUGUUGUUAUUGUAUAUAGAUUGUGUAUAACAUGAUAUGCCAAUCUAGAUUCGAUCUCCCAAAAAUCGAAAUUGCUUUGUGCAUUUAGUGAACUUUGUUUUGAAAUGCUUGUCGAAAAGAGGGAGAGUUGAUUUAAAACUGAACUCUUCAUUACGGCAUCGAUUUCUUUCUAUUAACUGUUUUGUCAUGUUUACAUAAGAUAUACAAAUAAUUAUUACUUUACUACCAACUACAUGAGUCUUUUUAUGAAAACUUAAUCGAACUUUUUUUUUAUUAAAUAUCAUCUUUUAGAAAUUAAAUCAAUAUAUGUAAUAUAUGUAAUAUAUACGUUUUUGGCUAUUUGCAUGUAGGCUAUUAUUAUAAAGUGUAUUAAAAUUAGUCAGAUCGUGACAGUAUUUUGUUCAUCUAGACAAUUUUGUUUCUCAAUGUCUCAAUAUUGUAUAAUUGAUGUAGUUUUCAUAUCGUUUUAUAUUUUAUAGAAUUAAAUGUGAUAUCCAGUAACAUGAUGAGUAUUUCUACAUGUAUACAUAUAUACAUAUACAUAUUACUUUAAGCACUGUAGUACAUUAAAUAUGGUUAAUUAUUUCAAGUUCAAAUGUGCUCGAAGCUGCGCUGAGUUAUAGUAUGCGGUAUAAGCGGAAUUUACAGACGAAAGAAUAACAGAGACGAAUGUAUAACUUGAAUAUUAAAAACAAACGUUCAUGGUCGUCUGUCUAUUGUCCAUGGUCGUCUGUGGAUUAAUUUAUUAUUAAAGUAUAAUUGUUAAAAAUAUUUAACGUAUUGUAAUGUUUAAAACGUGUUAUAAAGGAUAUUUAAGGGAGAUGUUUAUCUAAAGAUGUUCUAAAAUCAAAUCAGAUAAUAUUUAUUGUUUUAAAUCGAAAUUACAAUUUAUUACUCUUUAUGAUUUUUUUUUGUCAUUAAAUACACUUUCAGAUAAGUUAUAUUCCAUAAGAUGAUAAACAUGGAAGCUAUAUGACAGACAUAUUGGCUAAGCGUGAACCAUGUUUAUAAUGUUAAUCGUCAUAUAUCAUUUGUUUUGAUCACAUUUUGUUCAUACUGAAUUUUAUGAUUUCAAAUUGCUUUGUUAAUGUAAUUAAUUUUAAUAACAUUGUCAAUCCACUAUAUGUACUUCUUAGACAUUUUAGACACUUGUUUUGUGCGGCUGUUUUAGGAUGCUCUGUUGUCUGUCCCUCGUUAAAUGUCAGUUAGAAAUGACCAGUUUGCAUCUAAGUCAUGAAAAUAUUUUAUAUCAUAUUUCUCCGAGUCCGGAUAGAAAAAUGCGAACCGAGGACCCACGCGUGAGCUGGUUUCGAGGCUACACUCAGCGUUUUUUUCCGUGCGAGUAAAACAUUAUAUAUAUUUAUUACAUACCUACAAUUACCAAUGUGUGGAAAAACAGACGUAGAUAACUCAUGUGUGUAAACGUUUACUGAAAAAGCGCGAGUGUUGUUGCUUACUGAAAUGAUGACGUGUAGUGAUUUCGGAUCACUGUUCACGUAAAAAUAGUUCCAAAAGUGCGUUAGGAUAAUCUAUUUCAUUUUUAAAUAUAAAUCUUGCUUAAUAUAUAUGAAGAUGUGCUUUAUUGAAAACGGUAUGUACUUUUCAUUAAACUUUAAAUAAAAUAAAAGAAGUCUGAUACCUACCUAUAUAGAAUAUAUAAUUAAAUACAACUAUAUCUUAUAGGUUUAUAUUGUUCUGAUAAGAAUGCUCACAUUUUAAUAAAGCAGCAAUAAAUGGUCAUGAAACAGAUACAAACAUGCAAUACUUUAUCUAUGACAAUGUUCAAAAUUGCAAUACAACAUACUUAAAUCAUCCCCAACAACAUUAACACAUCGCACCAAAGCGAAAUGUUCACAUAAGAAAUAAAAUCAAGCUUAUCAUUUGUUUAGAAUUCAGUAAAAUAUGAAACGCUUUUUUUCCAUGGGGGUUAAGCCAAUCUUUUGAAUGCUCGACCUUAACAAACUCGUACAUAAUGUGCUAGUUUGUUUUAUUUACGUUAGCAUUCGGAUGAAGAAAAUUACGAUUUAAUGCCCUACCGAGUCAUAAAUGUGUUGACGUAUUUGGUACCAAUAACGCCCUUGACAGGCGCUUGGUAUUAUUAUGUUUAUUUAAAGAUGCACCCGUACUACCGAAUAAAAUUUACCACAACUUCUACUAUUGUUUUUCAUAUACUAAAAAUGAUGAAUCAGGUCGUUCUUUAGAAGGACACCGAGUUUAAUUUAAAAGAAAGUAGCAGAAAACACAAUAUUUCUCAUGAGACGAUGGUAGAUCAUAGUUCAUCUUUUAGCACUCACCAUCAUUUAUUUGUUUGUUUGCGUUUUCAGCUAUUGAAUACACGAUUACAAUCAUUUUAUCAGUAAUUAUUAUUAUCCAUCAAUGCAGUAUUUGGUAAGUAUUUAAAGGUUUAUCACUCAUGUUUGUUAUACACGUGAAUGUAUUAAAUUUGAAUAAGAGUGUCCCUUUAAGUCAAAGUGAGGUUGUGUGCAUACAGGUGAGCGUAAACCCUUAAAUAGUUUAUCUCUCAUUGACCGUUUUAGGUCGGUAAUUGUAACUGGUAUAAAUAAAUAUUUGUCAUGCCUCUUUGUUCCAACUGUGUUGUUUGUGUAUUUUGGGUCCUAGCGCUUUGCAACUAAAGACAAUUGUUACUUAAGUGUUUGACUACCGGGCUUGACCAUGCAGUUUCCAUUGUAUUUGAAAAAAAUGAUCAAAAUUUUGUAUUUAGUACAACCCGCAGUAGUCAUAAACUGAAUACAAAUUUAAAGAUAAGAUACGUCACAGGUUAGAGCGAUAUUAGUUCUUACAUUUUCAGCGAUAUUGUGUGAAGCAAUGUGUUUUUAUGUAAAAUAAAUCAUUAAAACUUAGAGCAAUACAGGUAUUAACAUGCAUAUCACUUGCAACCGUUAGUGCAUACGUUAAUUAUCUAGGUAAUGAUAUUUUGUGCAUUCGUAAGCCUAUAUCGUUUAACGUUAGGUGUUCUAUACCUUUAUCAUCUACGACCAAUCAUAGUACUGCAAUAAACAGUUUGGAAGUGAUACUAGUAAAUGAUUGUGAGGUAAAUGUAAUACAAACGUGAUAAACUGUGUUAAUCAAAACAAAAGUAAUGCUAUGCAGUUUAAUACGAUAUAUAUGAAUUGUAUAUACACGAACGUUUCAUGUAAAAUCUUAUAUUGUCGUAUUCUAUCUUACAAUGAAACAGUUUUGUUUUGAAAGAACUGCAAGUAUCCAUUGCAAUCGUAUAAUACCAUGCUAUUGUAUUCAAUGUGUAGCCGUAUCAUACUACAAUCUCUGAAUGUUAAAAAUUGUCAUACUUGUAUUAGUCGAUAUCAUAUCUGUAUUUUAAAUUUACAUAUUAAUCGGAAAAUAAAGACGGACAUAGAAUGCAUGUUU